AUGACAAUGGUCGUUUCCUCGCCGCUCCCGUUAACAGCAGGCAUGGGCUGUGCGUCAUGUCGACAGCUGCACGCAGACAUUAAGGACAGCGUCGCACAGCUAUCCGACAAGUUGGAUCAGUUGCGCGUACGCAUCGAAACGCUGUUCGCUCUGAAGCAGCCGGUGCGUAGCGUUGACGUGGCAGUAAGUGCGGACGACGAUAAGACGACCACAGCGGAGAGUUCGAUGAGCGUCAGAGAUGAGCUGGUUGGUGGCGCAUUUUCUCGCUCAUUUCUCUCGGAUGCCUCGGAAAGCGGAACGGAGGAAAAAGAAACACCGUCUCCUUCACUGCUUGAAAAUGCUGAUGCAGCUGUAGGAAAUGCUGAAAGUGAGGUGGUGCCCAAUGGUGCUCAUAAUCAUGUAUUAAGUGGCAGUCGAAAGCGGAAGCCAAACAGAAGAGCAGUGCACAGAGUUGAGAAGGUUGAAGCGGCUUUAUCGCAUCACAAAGCUGUCGAGUCGCCGAUAAGUAUGGAAAACUUCAUCUAUCCGGCGACACUUUUUGAUUCAUUUUCUCUGGCGGCAAAUUUGAUGGCCGGUGGUGGAACGGGCGCAUCAGCACAGCAAAGUAUCAUAUCGAUGCUAUGUCAGCAAUCAGCAACCAUUGAUCCACCGGUCUCUUCGACUCCAAAUAGCAUGGAGGAUGGAAUCAGUGAUCUUGCUGUUGAGGAGGAGGAAGAAGCAAAUAACAACAGCAGCAGUAAUAACAGUGCCCCCUCGAUGUCGCGAUGUAGUAACUGUUUAACGACAAAGACGACUGCUUGGAGGCGUGAUCAGAGCGGUAAAUUAGUGUGCAAUGCGUGCGGCCUUUAUUAUCGCUUACACAGAGUUCGUUUUCAUACUAAUCGACCAGUGCACAUGCGAAAGGAUAUUAUUCAGCAGCGAUUUAGACGCCGUGUCAAAGAGGAGGAGGCCGUUCCACCCAGUCCACAGUCCGUUCUCUCUUCACUGAUUUCCAUCUCACCGUCGGCUGCCGCCACGUUCGCAAUUCUGGAACAGCAGCAGCAGCAGCACAACACGUUGCAAGGGGCCAGCAUCGGUCAGUCAUUAUUUGACCACCAAAAUGCGUUAGCGAAUAACCAGACAACAUCAACUUGA